GGCGGCCAUUUUGCGUUUGGGCACGGCAGGGCGGGUGGCGGCUACGGCCCGGCGGCCAUUUUGGAUAGGGGAGAAGAAGCUCCUGCUCGGUAGCCAUCUUGCUUGGGGGCAGAGGAGCCGUUAGAACCGUUGGAGGCAGGCACCGGAGCAGGGAAGAGGUGCCCGCCUCUCCCCACACAAGGUAAAGGCACCAAAGAUGGGCAGAGUGUGAAUAAUUUGCAGCUGUUGUGUUAAAAGCAGCUCUGUCUUCAAGGGGGCAUGUGCAGCAGGAGUUUUCAAUUUCUCGUUCCUGCUGAGUUCCAACUUCCCUCACCGCAGGAAGCUACUAAGUGUGGGAACUUUGCUGUUUUGGUGGAUGUUCAUAUUUUGCCUCAAGGCUCCAGUAAAGACACCAGCUGGUUUUCAGAUCAUGAGAAAGAGGAGGUCUGCAUGCUGCUAGAAGAAGUUGUUGCUUCAAGGGUCAAACACUACUUGGAAGCGCCUAAACAACGUGGUCAAUGGAAAUCAAUGCAACGUACACCAUCUGGUCCUUUGUUUCUUACCGGAUUCCUGUCAUUGUCAGGAAUAGGAACUGAAGAAGCCUCUGUGUAUGUUACAGCCAACAGUUUUCACAUUACUGCCUACUUUAUGAAGAGAUGGGUUAAUCUCCGUUGUGCUCUAGGGAAACAUUAUCGUGAGCUACGUGUGUUUCCAGAGAGAUUUAUAGUUUGUGUCAGUAAACUUGAAUUUGAUCCAAGUGCUUGGACAUGUGAAAAUGGUGUAUUGAAAGAAGAACUUUCCAAUGGGACGUCUGAAUACUUUACUGAGUCUGCUGAGAACAAGAAGCUUAAGAUUAGUCUGAAUGAACAGAUAAAGCAAGACAUCUUGAAAAAAAUUGUGAAAAGGACAAAAACAAAGAAAAGUAGCACGAGCAAACCUCAAAUCAGCAAGGACUUCAACAAAGUGUAUCUUGGCUCAGUGGACUUGCAGACAGGGAACAGAAAGAACGACUGUCAGACUUCUCUCGGUCCUCAAUCUGAAGUGAAAUGUAGGAGUACAGGACAGCUAAAAGACGGCAUAAAUACAGCUGAGAGCAACUUGGAGCUUCCUGUUUUAGAGCUGGAAAAUCACGUUAAUCAGAGACAGCCAGAUGAUGUUAGCAGCCAGCAAAAACCUCACUCUGUGGAGUGGCUGAAGUCGAGUCUUCUAAGCGAGAACCCCCCUUGUAGCUAUGAGUCAGCACUGCUGGGUCCAAAACAAAGUCUAAAAGUGACCAAAACACAGGCUCAACAAAAGAGCUGUGGUGCAGAAGAAAAGUUCAGGAAAAAAGUGUCCUCUGAAGGGGCUUCUUUAAUUCCUAGCAAUACAGAAAUGAGUAAGUGCGAGGAUGAUUGUUUAGGUCUGUUCCUGGCGGAGAAGACCCCGCUUAAUUCCCGGUUGUUUUCUAAACAAGACAUGACAGAGACUGCUACGUCUGGUGAGGAGUCACUAACUUUGGGAAAAAACCUCUCCCGGCCUCUUUCUGUGAGGAACAAUAUACUACAGACAAACAAAAAUGAGCCGAGCACAACCACUGAAGAAUUGCCUGGGAUGCCAUCAUCGUCUUCAGAACUGCAGCCUGUGUCUUCAGAGGAGCUUACCCAAAAAAGAAAAAAAGAAGCUGAAAAUGGUCUCAGGAAGUUGAAACUGCGAAGGCUUAAGAAGUCAUAAAGUCUGAAAUAUUACCUUGAUGGCACGGGUGGACAGCCAAAUUUGUGUUUGGAAAGCAGAUGCAAAAAGUAGGAAGCAAUUCAAAAUAUUGAACAAUAAUAAAAGUGCAAAGACAAAAUUAGCUCAAACUUUUAAAGAAAAUUUAGUUAACUAAGUUUCUUAGUCAUUUGGAACUGUAAUGAAGAUAAUUCUGUUAAGUCAUUUGGAAUUAGGCAUGAAUAUUGUAUGUAGUAUUUAUAGAAAGAAAAAUCUUAUAAAAUAAUAUUUACUAAGCAAAAUUUUAGAUCUGUGUAUGUUUUAGUACCAUUAAAAAGUCAUAUCAGCUGAUGGCAGCAAAAGUUAAAACCGCUUUCGUGAUCUGUUAGCAGCUGCAGAUAUUCAAUGUUUUGCUUGUUUCUGAACACGUAGUUUAUUUUAGUAAAAAUUAAUCCUUUCUCUCUCUGUGUUAGGAAGUUCAUGCUUUAUUCACAUGGUCUUUACGACAGUAAGGCGAAUUGAGGUUAUUUCAAAUAAAUCUUUAACCAGGAUUUAACGCUGCUGGUAACUUAAGGCCCACCUUUUCGGCGAGGCUUCAAAACAACUUGUGCAGUUUUGAUAUGACCCUGUGUUUCUAACCCGGGUUGUGGGCACAAGCGAUCGUGCAUUCAGUCUUUGGGAGAAGGAAGAUUGGUUUAUGUAUGUAGUCACCUGGAUGUGCAAGCAUUGCUAUUGGGAAAAAUUCAUACAUAAACAUGCAUACACAUCUUUGUGCAUUGACGCUUCAAAAUCAGGCCUUGUUGGUCUGCAAGGACUGUUUUUCAGGUGUUAGCGAUACGCAAGUUAUUUCUUAUUUUAAGAUAGAGGUAAUUUUUAAUUGUACAGUGCAUUUUAACACUGCUUUUGCAACUUGUAUGGAAAUGUAACUUUUUAUUUCAU